UAGUCACAAUUUUUUUCCAUGAGUAAUUGAUGUUUCACUUUUUUUUAAUUAAAAGCCGUUCAGUUUGAAAUCAAAGUCGGCAUAAUUAUCGCCAAUUAUCACGUAGGAAUCAUCCGUUAAAGAAAAUUAUAUUUUUCUCUGAACUUUCUGUUUGCAUCUAAAAGUGUAACAAAUUAGCAAUGAAGGUGUUGUAAACUUACGUGGCGGCCAAAAUAUCCAAGAUCCAGAAGAAUUGAGAAAUUUAUUUGGCGUUUGAAAUAGUGUUUUAAAAUCAUGUAAAUUAAUGUACGUAUUUCUUCACGAGUGUUUAUUUAUUGUGUGUGAGUGUUGUGGAAUCUGUGAAAAUGCCGUUCGAACGAAGUAAUGGAAAACAAUGCGUUGUUGUGGGUUGUAACAACAACCAAAAGACACUCUAUCAAUGGACUAAUGCUGUCUGCGAAGAACAUAAAAUGCAACACAAAGACUGUCCAUGUUUAAAGCCGUUUAGAUUUCAUUGCAUUCCAAAGGAUGAAGAUAUGAGAAUGGCCUGGAUCAAAUCAAUCAAUAGAAAGGACUUCAAACCAUCAUCCGUAUCAUUGGUAUGCUCAUUGCAUUUCCUCGAUGGAAGACCAACAAAGCAGAAUCCAGUUCCAGUUGUUAACAUGGGUUACAUGCCAUUCACACCGAGAACCCGGGCACGGACACCACUCAAACGAAAACCAUUGGUGCCAAAAUUCAAAGAAAACAUUGUGGAUGAAGCUAUUUUGAAUGACAUCGAUGAGCUAGCACCCGAAACAGAAGUUUGCGCUGCUGCUAAUCAAAGUACCACAGAGUCUUCAACUGCUGAGAAAUGUUCUGUUGUGUAUGUGUGUUGCCAUUCACAACCAGAGCUGUGCAAGAAACGAUUUGUUGAAACAAGUACGCAAACUCAAGAUUUGGUAGUUUUGGACCAUGCCUACUCAUACCUGAAGUCAACGCGAUCAACAGGAACACAACACACAACAACGGAAUUUAAUGUUGGUACAAUAUCAAAUGACAGUGAUGCCAGAUUUUAUACAGGUCUGACUUUGAGUGUGUUACUUUCCCUUGUUAGUGCUUUGACUCCAUUUGCAAAUAAGUUGCAAUACAAACUGAAUGUUGGCGAUCAAAUUCUUGCAGUUCUCAUUCGUCUACGUCUUGGUUUGUCGUUUAAGGACAUUGCAACAAGGUUUGGAGUGUCAACUCCACUAGCAAGUAAAAUGUUUAAGUCGUGGAUGACUAUAAUGGCAGAUAAUUUGAGUGACUGUGUAUGCUGGUUACCACGUGAAACCAUUAGAAGGACCCUGCCAGGAUCCUUUGAUGAGACAUACCCGCGCACGACUUGCAUUAUAGAUUGUUCUGAGAUUUUUAUUCAGAGACCGUUUUCCUUGAAGGCUCGUGCGCAGACGUGGAGCACUUACAAGUCCCACAACACAGCAAAGUUUUUGGUUGCUAUCGCACCUAAUGGAUUCAUAAUGUUCAUUUCCCCAUUAUAUGGUGGCAGAGCCAGUGACAAUUUCAUUACUAAGUCCAGUGGUUUUUUAAAUUAUCUUCUGCCUGGUGACGAAGUUAUGGCAGAUAGAGGCUUUACCAUUGGGGAAGAGCUCUGUGCAAGGCGCGUGAAACUCAAUAUACCAGCUUUCAUGAAAGGAAGGUCACAGCUAUCAGAGCAAGAGACAAUCGAUUCCAGGAGGAUAGCUUCUGUUAGAAUACAUGUUGAGCGAGCGAUAAUGAGGAUGAAAUCCUACAGACUUCUAAACACAACAUUGCAAAUUAAAUCAUUAAAGUCACACAACCUUGACAAAGUUUUGAGGGUUGUAGCUUGCCUGUGCAACAUGCACGACUCUUUAAUAAGACAACCAGAUGAUUGUGAGCAAGCAUGAUUGUCUUGUAUUGUUAGAUGUACUAGCCAUAAACCAGUGCCCU